AUGCCUCACGCGACGCAGAACUCGGCCUCAGCGGCCCCGGAAGACUCGGAAUUCGACAAUGUGAUGCGCCAGCUGAAUAACUACGAAGGUGGCCCAGAAUUUGACUUCUUAACGCGAGAUCUGGAUGUCGGUGAGAAAGCAGAUGAUGCGGUCGACUACGAAGACUUUGAAGAUGAUGAACUCCCUGAGGAAGAAGAGACUGACGUACCUCCACGACUCCCCGGGAACGAGACAUCGCAAGACCCUUUCGCGGACCUAGGUGCAGAUGAUGCUGGACUUUUUGGACCGGGCGACGACAUAUUUGGAGGUACUGGCGAAGAUGCACAGACUCAGGAUGACAAUCUCGACGACUUGUUUGGCGAAGGGCCCUUUUCGCCUCCACCUGCUGGUCAGGUGGAUGAUACCCAGGGUCUCUUCGAAGAUGAGGAAACAUCAUUUACAACUCAGCCUGUCGAGCUACCGCCUAUUCCUUCCGUAUCAGAGCCCCAUGAUCAGUUUAUGCAAGUGGACGAUGAUGAUUUCUUGGAUGAUGCUAGUGUACUUUCGGAGGAAAUGGAUGAAGCAACUCUGCGCGCGUGGAAACUCCAACAACAGCUGUUUGCGAUGUCGGGCAAGGGAGGUCCCGAACAUCUGCCUGCGCCCCCGGAAAACCACGAGGACCUUCUACACUCCUUGUUCCCCAGCUUCGACCGUAACACUCUUCCGCGUUGGCUGGAGCUCAUCCCACACAAGAAGGCGUUUUACCUUGGAAAACAGCCACUCAAGGUCCCCAAACCGGUCCUUCCUACGAAAGUCAACAUCGAACUGGCCCCCGACCAAGAACGUGUGUUCAGAACAGGUCAGCCGAAUAAGCGCGGCCUGGACCAGGAGUCGUUAGGCAUUGUGAUGAUCACCGAAACCGCCCAAGAGGAAGAAGAGGAUGCAAAGGAAGACUUCGAAAUGGGUGACGUUGAUGCGGAUGAGAUGCUCCCCGGAGGAUUUUCCAUGCAAGACCUUCGAACUAUCUGCGUUGACUGGGAUGUUAAGGAUGAGGACCUUUCUGCAACAGAGGAGCCAAGUCCGCCUGCCCCAAGAGAGUCCGCCGAUCUUUUCGACGACGAGGAGGCGGAUUGGUUGGUGGACGAUAACCAACCUUCAAAGAAGCGCAAGACCGGUCCGACUUCCAUGGACGUGAUCGCUCUAUCUCAUACCGAUAUUCCACUCUUAGAUGACCCCGAGCAGGCUGUUUCUCAGAUCGCGAAGAAGGUCACUAUCGAUAUGAACGACCCCAAUAUUCUGGUUGAAGAGUUAAGGUCAGAGGCGACACUCCCCAAGCCGAAACAGGCUGUCCCCCGGGGCAGGGAAGAGGUUGACACAAAUCUUACUCGCCGGCUCACUCAACGAUACAAUAUCUCGAAUGACCAGGCAUACGACAUGCUGAAGCAAAAUCACCAAAAUAAGAUUCGGAGUACCCUUGGAAACGUCACUCUUGAGCAUGCUUUGCCUGCCCUGCGCUUGCAGUGGCCUUACUACAAGACGGAGCUGCAAAAGGCCGAAGCCCGAUCUUUCCACAGGCCUGCCUUGAGUUUCCGGGUUGGUCAAACCUCGUGGUUCAAGAACCCUGCACAUGUCAAGCGCAAACAUCUUAAGGGCAAGGAUGCCAAGUCUCUUUAUGAGUCGACCAAGUCGCUGUCGAUGGCUGAUAAUUCCAAUGUACUGUUGGUGGAGUACUCCGAGGAGGUUCCUAUGGUGCUCUCCAACUUCGGCAUGUGCAAUCGCUUCAUCAAUUAUUACCGAAGAAAAAACCCAGAUGAUCCCACUCGCCCCAAAGCUGAGAUUGGUGAAACGGCCGUCUUGUUGCCGCAGGAUAAGAGUCCAUUCUCCAUUUUCGGGCAUGUUGACCCGGGUGAGAUUGUCCCCGCAGUCUCGAACUCGAUGUACAGGGCGCCGUUGUUCCCACACCAGGCCAAGUCGACAGACUUCUUGGUCAUUCGCAGCACCACUGGCUCUGGAGGAAUGAGUUACUAUCUGCGCAACAUUGAAAACCUCUUUGUUGCCGGUCAGCAGUUUCCUGCCGUUGAUAUCCCCGGUCCACACUCGCGCAAAGUUACCACCGUGGCCAAAAACCGCAUGAAGAUGCUUGUCUACCGACUUCUCAAGAAGAGUGCUGACGAACGACUCGCGAUCUCUGAUGUCACGGCCCACAUUCCUGGCACCACCGAUAUGCAAAAUCGGCAGAAAGUCAAGGAUUUCCUGCAGCAUGACAAGGAUACCAAGUAUUGGAAACCGCUGGAUCCCGUCCUCCCAGAUCAAGAAACCAUUCGGUCAUGGGUUCAGCCAGAGGAUGUAUGUCUGCUAGAGUCUAUGCAGGUCGGCCAGCAACAUCUUCACGACACCGGUUUCGGCAAUGACGCGGAGAACGGCGGUGAGAACGAGGAGGACGAGGAAAGCGAGAGCUUCGAACAGCUGAUGGCUCCCUGGAAGGCUACCCGCAACUUCUUGCUAGCUUCGCAGGGCAAGGCCAUGUUGAAGCUUCAUGGCGAGGGCGAUCCCACUGGUCGUGGUGAAGGCUUCAGCUUUAUUAAGACAUCAAUGAAGGGUGGCUUCAAGGCGAUCGGUGAGAGUGUUGAAGAUAAACUGGACGCACAGCGUCUUAAGGAGCUCGGUGGCCACAGUUAUAACGUUGCACGCCAACAAAAAUCAUAUGAGACGUCUAUCCGGCGAAUCUGGGAUUCGCAAAAGGCAAGUUUGUCUUCUACUGUCGAACAUUCAGACGAUGAGAGCGAUGUCGAUCAAGGAGAGGUGGAAGAGUUUAACAAACCGACUCCGCGAUCUGAAGCUCCGACACCGGCUCCCACCAGGCGAUACGACGAUGAGACAACCAGUCAAUUCAGCAGAAUGAGCUUUGCGAGCCAGAAAGGCAAGGUACUGCGUAUCACCCGCCAGUACAAGGCUUCCAAUGGCGCGAUCAUGGAGAAAGAACAACUUGUCUGGGACCCGCGAGUCAUCAGACACUAUAUCCAGCACCGCCACCGCUCCGAAGCCCUCACCACUAAGCUGGAAUCCCUUCAACCAACCGGUGACCCCGAGGUCGAUGCUCGCAACCGCAAGUUGAUCGAGGCCGAGCUAAGUCGUCUGAACCGGAACAAGGAGCGCCGCUUUGCUCGCGAGAAGCAGAAGGGUAUUUCUCGUGCGGGCGACUCGCCCGCCGAUGGCAAACCCGCCGGAACUCAGCGCAAGUGUGCCAACUGUGGCCAGGUCGGACACAUUAAGACAAACAAGAAACUUUGCCCUCUUCUCAACGGCACCAUGAAGCCAGAGGAUCGGAUCACCGACUCGGCGUUCUCCAUGAGCGCUCCUGUUCUCUAA